GAGCAGGUGAUGUCUUUUCUUGAAGCAAUGACUUUUUAUAGGACGAUGCUGAACCUGUGGAGAGCAGUAGUCAACAGCAGCAGACUUUUCUUCUUUAAUAUUCAUAAACGAGUUAAUACGCGAUCGCAUUGCACAGCAGCCGAUUUCGAAUUAAAAUGCUCGGCGCUGAUAUUUAAAGAAAUUACCAUGUAAAAUAUUGAAAACACCAUCCACUAUAAGUUUUGCGUCAUUAUUCGUUGAUUGAUUCGAUUCCGAUACUUAUUUCUAUCCCACAAUUGAGACGGUCUGCUCAAAGAAAAAGAGCGCGAGUGAACGUACGCGGUAAGUAUAUAAAGAAACGGCGCGGUGCGCAAAUGUCGCAUAUUGAACUCGAGCCGUGAGCUCUUCGGAGCUGUGGAGAAAUCGUGAAAAAUCAAGUGGCGUUCCAGAUUCAACGACAUGUCGAAGCUGCUGGUAAUAUCGAUUCUCUUCAUCGGCAUUUUGUGUCACUUCAAAGCCUUAUCGCAAUAUGCAUCCAUAACGGCGAACGGCGUAAACCUCGACCCUUGCAACGCAAGGGAAUUGCCAGAGAAGUACCGCGAUCCGCUGGUCAUUUGUUCGCCUCCGAGUGAAGAAGUAAAAAAGUACCAAGUGCCGAUUUACGAAAAUCCCCUGUACCAAGAAUCGUCCAACGCGUUCGAGGAACCAUCAGGGACGGAGCAGCCUAAGCCCAGAUCGUUCACCAGGACCCAGCAUGAGAUAAGGAACAAGGAUGCCGAGUUUGCGAUCUAUCCGAAGUACUCUUACAACUACGGUGUGGUGGAUGGAAACACCGGCGACACCAAGGCUGCCUGGGAAGAGCGAGACGGCGACACAGUCAGGGGCGAAUACUCGGUGAUGGAAGCUGACGGCUCCAUCCGCACUGUCACCUACACUGCCGACGAUAAGAACGGCUUUAACGCUGUUGUCACCAGGACCAAGCCGUCCAGGGUCACUGCGGAGUCGGCGAUCGUCAGGGCGUUCCUGCCCCUGCCGAUGCAGUACAAGCGCGAGAGGCACAGGACGCGCCAUUGAGUCAAUUGGUUUUUAAUUUUAGAUUUAUGCUUUUGUACACUAUUUAUGGAGGAUUUCUUUGACGAUCCAGUUGGUAGUCUCACUCUAGCUUCAAGUGAUUCAUGUACUUUUGUCGCGCGUGACGGCCGGUUGUGUUGAUUUUCUUUUGGAAUAAUAAAAAAAUUCAAAAGAACCAAGCAUAGAGUUUAUAAAAAGUCUUUUAUAACUUAAAGUGUAUACAAUCAAGUCGUUUAUUCAAUUAAUUUAACUUAAUUAAGAAGAAACGUUCUCACUAAAUCACAAUGUUAAUUUACAACAGUCGAUCGUUCAAUUGAAGAUUUACUUCGCAACGAUUGUAUACCUCGAUCCUCUCGAGUUUAUUUAGUUCUCGGCGAAAUUUACAAUGAUUUCAGUAUACCGUAUAUUCUAUUUCACUUCAUACACAUCAAGACAAUAUUUUAAUUUAUAACUAAAGCUGUAGAAACUGCUUUGUCUUUUUCAUACUGUGAAAUACAAACGCUUUACAUAAAUAACGAACAACUGUAAUGUGUAAAUAAAAUCUGCAGCUCUUGCUCUGAGAUUAAGUGUAAAAAAA